AUGGCGAGCCUGCCGGGCGGGACUCACGGGCUGUGCCCUGAGGCGCUGAGCCCCGAGCAGCUGGAGCAGCUGCGCGGCUAUAAGAUUCACAUUCGGAUUACUAAUGAAAAGUACCUAAGGACCCACAAAGAAGUGGAGUUGCUCGUAAGUGGUUUCUUCAGAGAAAUAUUUCUGCAAAGACCAGACAACAUUCAAGAAUUUGCGGCAGACUAUUUCACGGAUCCAAGACUUCCCAACAAGAUUCACAUGCAGCUAAUUAAGGAGAAGAAAGCGGCUUAAUUAGCAAAUCAUGAUGCUCAGCUGUUGAGAGAGCCCAGAAAGAAUCCAGCCUCAGGGUGGGUGUUAACCUCACUUACAGACAGAGGCUUCUUUACUCCUGUGAAAAUACGCACCGGCUCCUCAGCCCAGGGUGUGAAAGAAACCAAACAGACGCUGCAGAGAAAUUUCGUGCAAGUGUUGAGUUUUCCUGACACCACUCUGGGGAGUUGGGGGCUGUGAAGAGAGGCUCAGGGUUUGUCUGGCAUGUCUGUGGCAGGGAGAGACAUCCGUCUUCUUAAUCCAGUGACACAGAUUAAGAGGAUGGAAGUGGGAGUAGCUGUGGAGGAAAGAGAGGCAGCGAGAUGGGGGUGGGAGGCCUUAGGAUCAAGGCCUUGCGCUGAGGCUGCGGAAUUCCAGCGUGGCCCUCUCCUUCUGUCCAGAGGGGCUUUUCCUACUGCUUCUGGAAAGUGUGGGGGCAGUUUGGAUCGGGCGCCCCCCACCCCAGGCAAACCCAGCUACGUGAUGAAGACCAUCACCCAUUUCGCAGGCUCGAUUUCUGAAAUGGUUUUGCAGGUCGGGCUCUUUAAAUGUGAGGUAGGCGGAAGCCACACUCCGGAGUUAGUAGCACCAUUUCUGUUCCGCAGGGUCAUCUGGGAGCAAGAGAGCCCUGCUGCCAUCAGUGUGGGUUUCCAGGCUGCCUUGGGCUGUGUCUGCUGUUGCAAAGGCUUUUAAAGAUGCUCAUUAAAACCAGACCUUCCUGCUCUCUCUGCUUUCUUUUCACUCCGAAGGAGGAAGACAUCCUUCCUGGGAGGGCUGCUCUGGCCCUGUUCUGACCCAGCAGGUCGCAGGCCUGUUUCUUGGUCCGGGGCAGAGGCCUCCACUAGGUCUGCAGGCUCUUUCCACAGGUGCCUCAUCCGUGUGCUCCCUGCCUCCAGCCCCUCACUCCCAGGGCCGAAAGGGGACCAAAGAGCAGGGGUGGGGAUCCUGAGAGGCCCGCAGCUGGUGGUGGUGGUGCUCAGACAAGCAGAGGCCACGUUUCUGAGGUGGCUUUCGGUUUUUAUCUUACCU